AUGGAGUAUCCGAUAUUCCGCUCAGGGAAACCAUACGCCAAUUGGAUGAGACAUUUUGUGUUAGACUUGUUGCAAAAGGGACAAAACGUCUUCGCACAGAUCAUUUUUGAGCCUCUAUGUCGUGUGAUCCGGGUCAAGGACGUGUCGGUUGCCGAGUUCCUGUUACCUUAUCUUGUGAUCCACAUCACCGUGGCGGAAGACAGUUCAUCAGUCGACCGAGAAAACGCACUGAAUGAGUUGUUGAGUAUCCUAAAGCAAGAACUUCCAAAAAACGCAUCGUACAUCGAGCGUGAAGAGAUGAAGCUCUUUUCUGAAGCUGUUUUCCGAGUCUUGGAUUACGCCAUGAGGUGGCUGCAGCUGAAGAAGUCCCUUCCUACGAGAACUAAGCGGGACGAACUCCAGGUUCAACGAGUUCAGCAGGUGCUUAAUGCCAUUCCCGCCAUGAUGAUCACCCAAAGGGCAAUUGAAUGCAAUCAGUAUGCCCGAGCUCUGUUCCAUCUGGAGCCUGAGAUUCUGGCACGGGAUGAAGCAGGUCUAGCGGGAACCGACCCAAAUGGAGACAUGAUGGCAUUGGAGGCACUACAACACGUUUAUACUCAGAUUGACGAGCCAGACGGUUUAGAAGGCGUGUCUGCAAAUCUCAAUGUCAUCGACCUCAACCAACAAAUUCUCAGUCACAGAAAAGCAGGAAGGUGGACAGCUGUGCAGACCUGGUAUGAAGUUCGAUUAGCAGAGUAUCCGGAUAACAUCAAUGUCCAGCUCGACCUCCUCACCUGUCUGAAGGAGUCUGGACAAUACGACGUGCUUCUCAACUACGUAGAGGGUAUGAACACGACUCCUGCCACGAUCAACCAAAUAGUCCCAUUUGCUGUGGAAGCAUCAUGGGCGACUGGCAGAUGGCAAACACUCCAAAAAGCUGCGAUGGAACUGAUGCGGCCUAAAUUCGGCAACGGAGACAUCUCGGCUCUAUGGCUUUCGAGUGCUCGAUUAGCUAGGAAAGCCAAUUCUAUGCAUCAGUCCUUCAAUGCAGUCCUUCAUGCAUCUCAACUUGGUGACGGAUCUGCCACCAUUGAGAACGCCCGCCUCCUAUGGAAAGAAGGUCAUAACCGAUUCAACCUCGUCCCUGAAAUUCCAACUUCCAGCAAAAAUCCCGAAUCACAACGUAAUUUGCUCACUGCACGAGCUCAUCUUCUUCUCGCAAAAUGGCAGGACUCCGCCGGCCAGACCAAUGCGAAUGCUUUGCGCCAGCAGUAUCAGAAUGCUGCCAGAACUCAUGCACAAUGGGAGAAAGGUCACUAUUACCUCGGCCGGCACUACAAGAAAAUUCUAGAGUCUGAGAAAGCGUUGAAGCCGGAUGAACAGACUGAUGAAUAUCUCGGUGGUGAGACAGCAAAAUUGGUCAUCGAGAAUUACCUGCGGUCCCUGAGAUAUGGAACUAAAUAUCUCUACCAGACCUUGCCCCGAGUUCUGACAUUAUGGCUGGAGCUUGGAGCUCAGGUUGACAGGGCGCCAGAUGGCAAGGUCUCUUUGUCAUCGGAGCUUUCGCAACGACGGAGGGCUGUCUUACGCGACCUCCAUGGAAGCAUCAAGGACAAUAUCAAACGUCUACCGUCGUAUAUUUUCUACACCGUUUUGCCCCAAAUCGUCGCAAGAAUAGGGCAUUCAAACAUUGAAGUUUUCGGAAUACUGGAGACCAUUAUUCUGAAGGUUGUUGAGGCUUAUCCCCGUCAGGCCUUGUGGAGUCUCUGCUCGAUCAUGACGACAAAGAAACAUUCAGAACGUGGAACCCGAGAGCAACAGAUCUUGCAGAAGCUUCGCUUUGCCAGUAGCAAGGUUGAGGGCGGUUCCUAUGAUUUGAAGCAACUGGUGAGGAUGGGCGAGAAAUUGGCUCACCAGCUGCUUCAGGCUUGCAAUAAUGGUGAUUUCCAAAGCAACCGAACCACUGUCGCAAGCAUCACACGAGAUCUCAAUUUCAAGCACAACUGCACUCCUUGUCCGCUAGUCGUACCGGUUGAGGCAUGCUUGGCUGCCACACUGCCUACAUUAACGGACAACACCAAGAAGCACAAAGCUUUCUCACGAGAUGUCAUCACUAUCUCGUCAUUCCUCGACGAGGUUCUCGUCCUUGGGUCGUUAGCGAAGCCAAGACGAUUGACCGCGCGUGGAAGCGAUGGCAAAUCCUACAAUUUGUUGAUCAAGCCGAAAGAUGAUCUUCGGACAGAUCAGCGCCUCAUGGAGUUCAACAGCAUGAUCAACAGAUCACUGAAAAGAGAUGCCGAGUCAAGUCGACGGCAACUCUACAUAAAGACGUACGCCGUCACACCGCUAAAUGAAGAGUGCGGUAUCAUUGAAUGGGUCGACGGACUUAAGACACUCCGCGACAUCCUCCUGGGUAUCUACAAGACCCGCGGCGUAGCCCCUAACUACGGUCAGAUCGCGAGCAUGAUGAAGGAGGCGUGCGUGUCGAGAAAUUACAGCAUCUUUACGAAGGAUGUCCUGAACCAGUUUCCGCCUGUGCUGCCCAGCUGGUUCAUCUCGCAAUUUCCCAACCCAUCCGCCUGGUUCGCCGCUCGUCUCAAGUACACACGCUCAUGUGCAGUCAUGUCCAUGGUGGGAACGAUCCUGGGUUUGGGCGAUAGGCAUGGCGAAAAUGUUCUCCUGGAAGAAGGCAACGGCGGCGUCUUCCACGUAGACUUCAAUUGCCUGUUCGACAAAGGCAAGACAUUUGCGCAACCGGAAAUGGUGCCUUUCCGCCUCACGCACAACAUGGUCCAAGCCAUGGGCAUCUACGGCUAUGAAGGGCCGUUCAGACAGUGCAGCGAGCUCACGUUGAGUAUUCUCAGGCAACAAGAGGAGACGUUGAUGUCGAUUUUGGAGGCAUUCAUCUACGAUCCGACACUAGACUUACAGAAGGACAAGAAGAGGAAGAGUGAUGCUAUCAAGCUUAGUCCUACCAGUGUGGUAGAGACCAUCAAGCGCAAGGUUAAGGGGUUACCAAAAGGCGAAAGUAUACCCUUGGGCGUGGAGGGCCAGGUGGAUGCACUGAUAAAGGAGGCGACGGACCCUAAGAACUUGGCUGCUAUGUACAUUGGCUGGUGCCCGUUCUUGUAG